UCACUUCGUCAAACAAAUCUUCAAAAAUUUCCAUCAAAAAACCCAAAUUCAAAUACACCCACGACUCGUUUUCCCCCAAAUUCCAGUUUCUGGUCUUCAUCAUCCACCUAAUUUCACAUGAGACUUUCGAAUUGAAAGAGAAAAAUGAUCGUUAGGACCUACGGUCGCCGGAGCAGCAGCAACAGUAGGAGUAGUAACAGUCUGACUUUCGACGACGCAGACGGUUUCGACGACUCUUUAUCUCAAGAAAGUCCUCAAGAAUUAGAUAAUAACGGUGAUAUAUUCAGUUUCGCGUUUCCGUCUCAAGAAUCAAUCAAGAAUCCGUGGUCUUUUGAUUCCGACCCGUAUAGUUUCGAUUCGUCUCAGGAUUCGCGUAAAUUGGCGGUUCUACCCCCGAGAUCGAAGAAGCCGAGGACUGAAGUGAACGAGAAAAAGAAGGAUAAAAAGGGAAAGAAAGCAAAGAAGCCGGUGGUCAUGUUUACUGAAACUUCUACAUUAAUGGAGACACAAGAAUUUGGGGAGAUGAUGGAGCAUGUAGAUGAGGUGAAUUUUGCUUUGGAUGGGUUGAGAAGAGGUCAGCCGGUGAGGAUUCGUCGUGCUAGUUUGUUGUCCUUGUUGAUGGUUUGUGGUACCUUACAACAACGAAGACUCUUGAGAACCCAUGGGACGGCAAAGACAAUUAUUGAUGCUGUAUUGGGGCUUAACUUUGAUGAUACCCCUAGCAACCUGGCUGCUGUGGCUUUAUUUUUUGUUUUGACCAGUGACGGCCAAGAGGAUUACCUUUUGGAUUCACCUAGUGCCAUCCGGUUCUUGUUAAAACUAUUGAAACCUGUCACUGUACAUGCUAUUAAAGAUAAAGUUGCAAGCAUUGGUAGUAAACUUGUAGCUCUAAGCAAGGAUGCUCCCAUCUUUAACGACAGUAAGGGGGAAGAAUCCACGUCUGCUGCUAUUUUGCACAAAGUUCAGGAAGUCCUCAUCAGUUGUAAAGAAUUGAAGCCGAGAGGUGGAAGUGAUAGUGAGACAAAAAGACCAGAAUUGAAUCCAAAAUGGGUUGCUUUACUAACGAUGGAGAAAGCUUGCUUGUCGACUAUUUCUCUUGAAGAGACAACUGGGACUGUUCGAAAGACGGGGGGAAACUUCAAGGAAAAACUAAGAGAAUAUGGAGGACUUGAUGCUGUAAUUGACAUCAUAAGGGAAUGUCAUGCUGUAAUGGAGGGAUGGCUAGAACGAUAUUCAUCUCCAACCCCCGAGUCACAAAAGAUUGUUAACCUAGAAAGCCCGAUGCUUCUGUUGAAGUGUUUGAAAAUAAUGGAAAAUGCUACAUUUCUUAGUAAUGAUAACCAGAGCCAUUUGCUUGGAAUAGAAGAGGACUUUGGUUAUCGGCAUGUUUCACAGUCUUUCACGAAACUUAUUCUUAGCGUCAUUAAGAUCCUCUCGGGUGUUUUUCUACUCAAAACUUCGUCAUUUAAGCCUGACAGUAAAAACUGCCAUGGUCUUUCCAAUGGGACUGAUCAUCUUCCUUCAGUGGCGGAUAAUGACAAAGCAGUCGACUGCAAUGAAAUUAUAUAUAUCAGCUCCUCCAUAGAGAAUUGCAGUAUGGAUCAGAUCCCUUCCCAAAAGACUUCUAAAAAAACCCGAACUUUAUCCCAUAAACAGACGGGUUCUUCAAAAGCUGUUUCUGGGGUGGAUGGUCACUUGCUAAAAACGAAAGCAAAAUCUUCGACUUCUAAAUCAAGCAGUAGUACGUCAAGUGGUUUGAAGAACGGAGGUAACCAUGGUUCAUGGAUAAAGUUGGGCAAAAAAACCGAACGCACAAAGUGCACCACCACGUUCGAUUUUGAGGAUAGCCAAGAUUCUUUUGGCAGCGAGGACCCUUUUGCAUUUGGUGAAGAGGAGAAUAAACCGUCAAAGUGGGAUUUAUUGUCGGGGAAAAAGAACGUAUCUCAAAGUCAAAAAAGCAGUUCGGUGGUUGAAGAAGAUGAUUAUGGGAGCCAAUCUUUAAUGGUGUUGAGCCAACAAGAAUCAAGCAAUGUGGAACGUCAUGAUUCUCCUCAAGUUUCUUGCUCACUUGCGGAUGAUGAUGACGACGAUGAUGAUGAAAAAUUCAGCCUUUUGGCUGAUUGUCUUCUAACAGCGGUGAAGGUUUUGAUGAACUUAACAAACGACAACUCUGUGGGAUGUCGGCAAAUUGCCGCCUGUGGAGGGUUGGAGAUCCUGUGUGCUUUGAUAGCCGGCCAUUUUCCAUCGUUCAGUUCGUAUUUACCCACUUUUAGUGAUCUAAGAGACAAGUCGCUUCUUGAGAUUGAUCAUCAGGAUAAUAAGCGGCUUACUGAUCAAGAGUUGGAUUUUCUUGUGGCUAUUCUCGGCUUGCUUGUCAAUUUGGUUGAGAAGGAUGGUCAUAACAGAUCACGACUUGCAGCUGCGAGUAUAUCGAUACCGAGCUUAGAAAGUGAAAUUACGGAUGUAAUUCCUCUGCUUUGUUCCAUUUUCUUGGCGAACCAAGGGGCUGGUGAGGCAGCUGAAGAAGGACGACAAUCGGCUUUGAAUGAUGAGGAUCCUGUUUUAGAGGGAGAGAAAGAAGCGGAGAAAAUGAUUGUUGAAGCAUACUCGGCUCUUCUUAUUGCAUUUCUAUCUACAGAAAGUAAGAGCAUACGCAACGCCAUUGCUGAAUGUCUUCCAAACCGCAAGCUGGCUGUUCUCGUGCCUGUCUUGGAGAGAUUUGUGGAAUUUCACAUGUCGUUGAACAUGAUCUCAGAGGAGACACAUUCGACGGUUCUUGAGGUAAUCGAAUCAUGUAGGAUGCUAUGAAAGUAAUUGAAUGAAUGAAUGAAUCUUGUACAGCUUCAACAACCUUCCUCUUGAUGAGGAAAACAGAUAGGAUCAUGUUAUAUUGACCACAUUGACCACCAUUACAUCAUAUUUUACUUCUAUUUUAUUUCAUAGUUUUUUUUGGGU